AUGUCGCUCAUCGGUGUCGCGCUGACCAAGGUGUACCAAUUUCUCCUCCACCUGUGGUCUCUCCUGACAUGCCGCCACACUUCGUCUGUUGAACCCGAUCUCGAACUUGGCAUCGCUUCCCCUCAUGCAAGAAAUGAUAUACCCGCGGUCGUUCCAGAAGGUUGUGCCAACAACCUCACUCAUAUCACAGACGACUUACCAGCCGAACUGAAUUCUUCCCCUGCAAUCGAGAACAUGCCUACAAAUGCUGUCGCUAUACCGUCACACUCCCCUGCUAUUAAUUUUGCAAUACCGAAGUGCGUCUCUCUGGCCGACUUGACUACACCGCAAUAUUGGCACUUGUCUGCUCUCUCGUCUGUUGCUGCUAUUGACCGAGCUUCCAGAUUCCCAGCCCCAGCCCCGGCUACACCACGUUCUCCUAGCUUGCAUCUUGACAUCGCCGAUUUGUCGACUAUCUCUGCGGCCUCUUCCUCUCCCCCGAAAACGCCCACCUUCGCUGACACACUGGCUGCUUUCCCUGAACCACCUCCGUUCGCGACUUCUGAUGAUUUUGUCUUGAGCAGCCCCCGAUUCAUUAUACGACACUUGGAAGUCCCCUCAACCCCCCCUUACAAAGACCUGUCUCACGUGCUACCAACCGGGCUGACGCAUUCGUUCUCGAAGCUCCUCUCGUCGUCGCCCGGCACACCUGACAAGGCCUCCGCAUUCGCCUCAAAGCUCGUCACUCUCAUCAGGCCGUCGACCAAUGUCAGCACUGACACCCUGCCCGAGCAGCGCCCCUUCGACAUGGACGUCGACCCUUUCUGCAUGUCCGGCGACUCGUUCUUCGGAGACUGCGGGCCCGUCGAUCUCGCCGACAUGGUCCUCCCGCACCCGAAUCUCUACGACCUCUCCGUCUACGCCACCCCGUCACCCCGCGGGCUCUCGAAGGCGCGCUCACCGUCGUUCCGUCCCGCACGCACGACCUUCAUUGCAGACAUCUCGCAGACCUACGCUGGCAGGCUGACUGGCGACGACGCUGUGCUACCGCUUCCCCCGGCGCUUGAGCCUAUGUGGGGCGCUCCAGACGUGGGAGGUAGCUCCUAUCUUGCUCUGGGCACUCGGACUUUGCCCAUUGGCGCCCCGCGCUAUCGUUACUCAGUCGUAUUCCCCCAGCUGGCCAGGGCAUCUCUUAGCGACACCGCUCCUCAUCAUACGCCGUCGACGUUGCUGCCUGCCUUUGAAUCUGUGACGCACGCAAUUACCUCUCCUGUUCCGGAAGUACUGACUGUGUCUUCGAUGGCCACUCCGGAAACAUCUUCUCAAGCGAUUGAGGAAGAGCCUCCCAGCAGUAGUCCCUUGCAGGAAGCACAUUCCAAGGAGAAGGAGGAAGAAACCGUAGCGACCGUUGCCGAUGACGCCGUACACGAUGCAUCAGAAGCUGCGGAGAACAGGCGGUCACGACAGUUAGAUGACAUCGUCUCGCUCCUCGACCAGCUGGGGGUCAUCGGCGGGGACGCGCAGCCCGCAGACAGGGAACACGACGCGGCGAACGUCACGCUCAGCGACAGCACCGUGCUGCCCGUGCUGGAGCGCUCCGCCAGCUCCUCUGAGUCGACGUUUUCACUGCCUGCUGGAUCGCUGGAAGACGGGUUUGAGGAGUGGGAGGGUGAGGACUUUGAUGAGUUCGUCGAGCCGCGGGAACACCGCAUGUCGCGGUCCAUCGAGAACCUCAUCUCGCUCUUGGAGGAGUGCAGGGAUUCGGUGCCUGUGACAGAGAGCCAUGCGUCGGCAGAGGAUUCCGAGAAUGACCACGCGGACGCACACGCCCUAUAA